AUGCGCGGCCACAGGGGCGGAGCUUCCGGCCGGCGGGGGUGGGGCCUGCGGCCCGCCGGGGGCAGAGCCCGAAUCGCGACCCCGGCCCAGACCCGAGUCGGUCCGGGACCCCAGCCCGCCUGCAUGGCCCGGCACGUGUUCCUGACGGGACCCCCAGGGGUUGGAAAAACAACACUGAUCCAGAAAGCCAGCGAGGUGUUAAAGUCCUCUGGGGUGCCUGUGGAUGGAUUUUAUACAGAAGAAGUCAGACAGGGAGGGAGAAGGAUAGGAUUCGAUGUCGUCACGCUGUCCGGCACUCGAGGGCCUUUGUCCAGAGUUGGGUCGGAGCCACCACCCGGAAAACGUGAGUGCCGGGUUGGGCAGUACGUGGUGGACCUGCCCUCCUUUGAGCAGUUGGCACUUCCCGUCUUGAGGAACGCAGAUGACAGCAGCGGCCCGGGGUGGAGAGUGUGCGUGGUCGAUGAGAUUGGGAAGAUGGAGCUCUUCAGCCAGCCCUUCAUCCACGCUGUUCGUCACACACUGUCCACGCCUGGGACCGUGGUCCUUGGCACGAUCCCCGUACCUAAAGGGAAGCCGCUGGCCCUUGUGGAGGAAAUCAGAGGCAGAAGCGACGUGCAGGUGUUCCACGUCACCAAGGAAAACAGAAACCACCUCCUGCCAGACAUCGUGACAUGUGUGCAGAGCGGCAGGCAGUGACACUGUGUGUCUCCGCAGCAGGGAGAGCCCUGUCUGGGGGGAGGAAGGUGGGGGACGGCUGGCCAGCUUUUAUGUUUUCAGGUUUAUGAAACCUCGUGGGUGGGGCCAAGCGAAGCUUCCAGCUGUUUUCCAUCAGCUUCUUAAAAGAUCAGAUUAGCCCUAAUGCUGGACCCGCUGCACAAGAUUAACAACCCAUUGUGGCUUGUUUAUGCCUAAAAGUUUCUGUUUAUUUUCUCAUGCGGUGGUGCACAUGAUUAGGUAAAUUAUGAAAUGAUUUCAGAAAUGGUUUGCAGAGUAUUAGAUGGAAUUCACCCCCAUUGAAGAUUAGAAUAUAAAUGUGUUCAGGGGGCAGGGGAAGCGUUCACUACCCAAUCAGUUUUGCAUGUCAUGAAAAUUAAGUUCCUCUCCAGGUGCAGUUUCAGUCUCAGGAAACAAAGUGAUGACAGUUAUUUGAUUUUUUAAAAUUAAUAUUUCAAAAGAAAACCAUGUUAGGUGCUCUCCCUCCUAAGCUCUUACUGUGUAUUUGUUUGCUCGUUGCUCAAUAAACAGAGUGAAUCUAA